AUGCUAGUCUAUCUCGCUGUUUUAAGUUCAAUAUGAUUUGUGGAUGGCAUAACUUUCCUGAGACACCUGAAUGCAUCACCCUCACAAGGGCAUCACAUUUAUCAGAGAUGAGCGCCCCCAAGCGGACAGUAAACGAAUAGCGAGAGCUAGAGAAAAUCUAUCUACGUUUUAGUAUCCUUGCAUGAAAUCCCUGAACCGUCUCCCGUUACAGGCGCUGCAAACUCGGUUCGGCUAUGAAUAAAAGCGAAACUGUGGUCGUUACAGGUUUUGGACCUUUUCGACAGUUCUUGACCAACACCAGCUGGGAAGCCGCCAAGGGGUUGAAACUGAUCGGACUGGGGGAGAAGGUUGACGUCCACGUGAGGGAGUUACCAGUGAGUUACUUGAAAACCCAGAAAAUUAUUUGUGAGCUCUGGCACACUCUUAACCCAAAGUUUGCUGUACAUCUGGGUUUGGCCAGAGGCUCCAGUGUGGUGAUUUUGGAGCAAACGGGGAAGAACACUGGCUACAGAGACCGAGAUGUCUGCGGCUACUGUCCAGAGACUCGCUGCUGCGUCGAAGGGGGGCCACAGAAGCUGGAGUCAGUCAUUAACAUGAGGGCAGUCUCAAAGCACUUCAGACAAGCAGGGAUGGAUGUAGUUUAUUCAAGAGAUGCUGGCAGGUACCUGUGCGAUUUUGCAUAUUACUGCUCACUGUAUUACGGUCAGGGGAGAGCAGCCCUCAUCCAUGUACCCACAUCUGGUACCUUGGCCUCAGCUGACAGACUGGUGCCUCUGCUGCAAGCCCUCAUUCAGAAGAUCCUGGAACAGCUGGAGGAGCAUUCAAAAACAAGAGAUCCCCCUUUUGUGUCAGUGAGGUAGAUCGUGAUCUAUAGCAGAUAUCCACUGAUUGGUAUGAAUGGAAAAUUAAAUAUAGCAGGCAUUCGUAGUUCUCAUUCAUUUAUUUAUUCAAAAUUUCAGCAAAAAAAAAAAGAAAGAAAAUACAAGAAAUUCUCAGAUACAUAUUCGGAGAAGGUGUUUUAAAAAAAUACACCAUCUCAGCUAUAGGUGUGAAAAACUUUGAGGCCUCAGAUAUAGAGCUUGAAAGAAGACAGUCUAGUGAUUUUUCGUUUUGAUUAUUUCUUUCCCCAAUCAAGUAAUGAACACACAGAUUUUGUGAAAGCAUCAUAAUAAAGUAAUAGUAGUAGUAGACCAAGGCCCCCUCAGAAGGUACAGGAAUGCAAAUCAUUAAAAACAGAGGCGCAGGAUGAUGAUGAUGAUGACGAUGAUGAACCUCAAACUUAUUAUUGCAGUUUAAAUGCACUGAUGCAUUCUCCAUAAACCUGACAUUUGCAUGAAGAACAUUCUGAAGAAUUGAAAUGUUGACAGACGACUAAACUGUAGUGUAUAUUUAUGCUGUUUAAGCCUAAGGUAACGCAAAAAAAAAAAAAAAAAAAGUAUUGCGUGAAGCUGUAAACUAUCAUCUUUUUCUAAUCAUGAUUACUCUUCACCGUGACUACCCGUAAUCUACGCAACAUCCCUGUUCUAUACAUGUCCACGAGUUCAUUUCAAAUGUUGUAAGCUUUGACAGGUUUGUGAUCUAAUGGUAACUAGUUAUUCAACAGCUAUUCACCUCAGAACAGAUCAGUGUCUACUCUCAGAACUGGAAAGUUGACAUGUACCAUAAUACAGCAAAAAACAAAAACAGAAAUGCAUAGAUAUGUUAAGUAACUACCUAAGCUGUUUGCUUGUCAGUGGUGAUUUUUAAACCGUUGUGAUAUUAAGCAGCAAUCAGACAGUUUUAUCUAUUUUUUAUUUACCAAGAACUUUAAUUGAGCACCCAAAUUUCACAUUAGAAGUUACCUGGUUGCCUAUCUGUGAUCCCAUUUUCUUUUCUUAUUGCUUUUGGGUAUUCAUAUAAAUGCAAAUUAUCUAAUGUUCCCAGCCCAUCAGCCCUUGCACUGAGUUAACGCUCGCCAAGUAGCCACUGCGAGUUAAAAAGUAGCACUGAGGUUUUUUUUUUUUUUUUUUUUUUUAAUGAGACGCUUUGAGAUGUAAAAGCUACUUUGCCACCUUUUCACGCUUGUUCUCUCUUUUUUUUCCUCCUAUUUUGUGGUGACAAAAUAAGAUCUACUGAGGUGACUGAACCAGCAGCAUCACUGUAAGUAUCAGUUACAACGGGCCAGACAAAAAAAAGGGGGGGCGCAGACUUGACUUUUGAUAGAGCAAAACAACUCUGAACGGACAGUGAGGGAGUGGCACCGAUAACGGGAGUGGAAAUGAACGCUGGGGUCAGAAUGUCUUGGCAUUCAGCAGGUAGACUGGGAAGGAAGGGGAAGGGGGAUGAUGACAUUCACAUAACCAUGAAGAAUUUAUAAGGGUAGAAAAUGACACUGUUUUACUGCUCUUGUGAUUCCAACGUGGAAAUCAUUGAUUUAGGGGUUCCUACAGAAGUUAGAAAUACGUAGGAGGCUGCUCUCCCAUCUUAUGGAAAGUACACAACUAUCUAGUUUUUGUUGUUGUUGUUCUGAAAAAGUGAAUGCCAUCUGUUUGCUUGGAAUAAAGUGAGAGGUGGAGUUGCACCGUAUGCUCGCAGCAUCACAGGCUGCAGGUCAAAUUGUUUUAUUGGAGGUGACGAAAAAGUUUCCCUUUUUAAAUAUUUCCCGUUUUAUAUAUAUAUAUGUAUAUACAUUUUUUAUUUUAGACUUUUAUAUAAAAGCAUUUUAGAAGAGGAAAAAUUAAAAGUUUUUGUCUUUUGAGGAUUUGAGGUUGUGACAUUUAUGUUUGGAGAUGGAAUGUGUGGUGUUGAGCCCUGGCCUCCUGUCUUAUCAGGUACUGUACCUGCCUCGGUUAAAAUACAGUGUAGAUCGACGUCCUCACAUAAAUACCCAUUUACAUUUAACACUGAGAGCAAAACUACACCGUACUAACGGCUGCUGUUCAAUUUGAGCAAACGCGCGUUCCUUUUUUUUCUAAAAGCUUUAACCCGCUGGGCCAGAAAUGGCCGGGAUAACUUAACAACACUUCCAUUAUUCCAUCUCCUGUGUUAGUCCGCUUCGUGAGGUUUAUCUAGAUCCCUGUGGGGGUUUAAAAAAAAACCAAAAAAAAAAAACGAGAACGAGUGAGAUGUAUUUGUUUUCCAUACGCAUACAUAUAUUUAAAAAGAGUGAGGUAGAUAUACUUAAAGGGGAAAAAAAAGAAAAGGUUUUAAGUCCCCCAGUCAUGACACCAAAGAAAAUGCAUACAAAAAAAUCCAACUUUAUACUGAAUCAUGGGGCAUUUAUACAGUGAUUUAAACUGAUAUCACAAAAGAAAAAAAAAAGAAGAAAUAAAUAACAUUUCUACAGAAAAAAAAAUAAAAGAAGGGGAAGGGGAAUCACCAGGCAAAUGAGCAGAAAUCCUUCAAAACACUUUCAGUAUUCAGCCAUUCGUGACAUUGAAAUGCGUUCCCUUCCCUGGACUUUAACCCAUCCUUUAUUUGGUUUUAAGAAGCAGUCGUCAUGAAGAUUAAACAAUAAGUCUGAAGAAAGGAAAUCAGCAGAGGGAACACUGUGCUAGAGGAGGGAGUAGAAGUGAAACGGUUAAAAGAUGGUUGGCAUAUAUUAAGGCAAACAAGACAACCUAAUUUAGCCCUAUCUAUUCGAAAAAAACGAGGCAGGAUGUGGAUGGGUUAAAAUACCAGAUCUGGUAAAUAUCUCGUAUACUGGAACUUAUCCUGACUUCAGAAGGAGGCACGGGGGGGGGGGGGGGGGGGGGCAAGUACAGGAUGAUGUUGUGAGAAUGUGUGGAGAAAGCAAAGCCUUAACUUUGACCUGAGAUCGAGUCGCACCUAGUGGCCAAUGCCAGGCGCAGUGCUAGACAAUAAAGUACAAAAAAAGGGGUGCAGAAAGUACACGCUCUGCUCACAGACUGAGCCAAGGUGUCCAUUCUAAAUAAUAAUAACAUUAAUAAUAAUAAUAAUAUAGACAUCCAGAAAUAGAGAAAGAAACAUUUCAUAAAAAGAAAAGGCAAUUAACAAAAUGUAGUGUUGCAGAAAACCUUUCGGGGGUCACUUUUUGUGAUUUAUUUUGAAUUUUUCUGAACAGUUUAAGGGUAUUAGAAAUGGACUGCUGUGGAGACCAUAAAAUACCAAACCUGAA